AUGGCAGGAGCCACACGUGGUCGCUGCGGUGCCUCAUGGGCAGCAGCAGCAGGAGCACGAACGCCGUUUCUGCUCCUCCUGUUUUUUACAGUGCCCGCGGCCUUUCUGGUGGCCUUUGCAGCAUCGGCAGACACCCCGGACGGAUCGUCUUUCGGCUUCUCGGGGACCCCCUUAGGGGCCCCGCAGGCCUCUCCUUUGGGCCCCUCCACGGAGUACCCGCAGGAUGUCUCCGGGGCCUCUUCCUCGGGCCCUGGGGGCUUUUCUGAGCAAUUCGCGUCCGCCCUGUCCUCUCUGGGGCCUCUGUUUGGCCAGUUCUUGUCAUCAGGCGAGUCUGGGGGCGCCUCUAGCGGCGCGGGGGCCCUCGGGGCCCUCUACGACAUGGGCCGGCGGGCCGCGGGGGCCCUCUCGGCCUCUAUUGCGUCCGACGAAGCGCGAGAAGGCAUGUGGGUGCCUCUGCACGAGCAGCUCGGGCUGGCCCGGGAUAUGCUGGGGCUGCCUGGGGACGACGCGCAGGGAGUCCGCAGCGCCGCGCGGCUGCUGCUGGCUGCCCAGCUGCCCAUAGUGCGUUUUGCUGCGGAGCGCGAGGCUUCAGAUGACGAAGAGGCAGACAGGAGGGCACUUCGGAUCGUCACAGAAUAUCCAACAACUAAAAAGUGA